AUGAAACAAUUGAGUCUAAAUUUCUGCUGGUGGCCGAAAAUAGACAAAGAUAUUGAAAAUGUAACAAAAAACUGUGAAACAUGUAUGCGUUUUAGCAAUAAUCCCGAUCGUAAAAUUAAACACCAUUGGGAAACAGCAUCCGGACCAUUCGAACGGGUACACGUAGAUUUUGCAGGUCCCUUCAUGGGGCACAUGUUUUUUGUAUUAGUAGAUGCCUAUACCAAAUGGCCGGAAGUACACAUAGUAAAUAACAUGUCGGUACAAAGUACCAUAGAAAAAUGUAGAGAAAUAUUUACCACGUUUGGUUUACCGCAAACCUUAGUUUCCGAUAACGGUAGAACAUUCGUAUCUACAGAAUUUAAAAAGUUUUUAGAGAAUAACGGUAUCUAUCAUAAAUGUACGGCUCCGUACCACCCAGCUACGAAUGGUCUGGCGGAGCGUUUUGUUCAAACAUUUAAACAAGCAUUGCGUAAAUCAAAUGUAACGAGUAGUAACAUCAGGACGAAUUUGCAAAAAAUUCUAUUCCAAUAUAGAUUAACUCCACAUCCAGAAUUAAACAAAUCACCAGCAGAAGCAAUGUAUGGUAGAAAGAUAAAAAGCAGAUUAGAUUUAAUGUUGCCGUUAGCUAAUAAAGAUAGAGUUACAUUAGAAAAUAACAAAGUAAUAAGAAAUUUUGGAGAGGGCGAAAGAGUUGCGGUACGUGAAUAUUUAGACAAAAAAGUCAAAUGGCGUUUUGGAAGUGUAAUAAAAAAAUUAGGUAAAAUACACUACGAAAUUAAAUUAGAUAAUGAUAAAACUUGGAAACGCCACAUAGAUCAAAUAAAAGCGAUAGGAAAUAAGAUUAGCGAUAAAAUACAACACAGCGACCUCGAUCAUAAUGGUCCGAUAGAUGAGAUAGGAGAUACCUCGACGGAGGAUAAUAAUAUUUGUAAAACCAAACCCAUUCCGAAAAACUUCGGCUCUGAUAGCUCGAGACAGUGCUCCAAAGAUUUGGAAAUAAGAGACUCCAAGGAAGGACAAUCUGCUAAUGAAGCCCACGUUCCACAUGAAACAGUCCUACGUAACACUAGGACAGUCGGUAGCGAGCAAAAAAAGGCGAAUGCAGAGGCCCGGCCUCAGAGAGAAAGACAACCUCCGAACAGAUACGGAAAUUAUUUAGCAUCGUUUUAA